AUGGCAAACCCACCACAUGGAGGAGUUCUAAAGGACUUGCUUGAGCGUGAUGCUCCUCGCAGAGAGCAACUAUUAAAAGAAGCUGAUUCGCUGCCUUCACUGACACUCAAUGAACGACAGUUUUGUGAUACUGAGAUGAUCCUCAGUGGUGGAUUCUCGCCUUUGGAAGGGUUUUUGAAUCAGAAGGAUUAUGAAAGUGUACUCAAGGAGUUGAGAUUAGCUGAUGGAACUUUGUGGUCUAUGCCCAUCAACUUUGAUGUCAGUCAAGAAGAGAUUUCAUCACUACACAUUGCUGCUGGAUCACGUAUCGCAUUAAGAGAUCCUCGUGAUGAUGCUAUUCUUGCCAUCUUGACUGUUGAGGAUAUCUACAAGCCCGACAAGCACAAGGAAGCUGAACUUGUUUUUGGUGCUGACGAUGACGCACAUCCAGCAGUCCACUAUUUGCAUAACUAUGCAAAGGACUUUUACGUGGGUGGUAAAUUAGAUGCCAUCUCUGCACCUAAUCAUUAUGAUUAUGUUGAAGACAGAAACACACCAGCAGAACUCCGAGCAUGGUUCAAAAAACUAAACUGGACUCGUGUCGUCGCCUUCCAAACCCGAAACCCCAUGCAUCGUGCCCACCGUGAAUUGACAGUGCGAGCUGCACGAUCACGUCAGUGCAACGUCUUGAUUCAUCCAGUAGUGGGCUUGACGAAACCUGGUGAUAUCGACCAUUAUACCCGUGUACGUGUAUACAAGGCCCUGUUACCCAAAUACCCACAGGGAAUGGCUACAUUGUCGUUGUUGCCAUUGGCUAUGCGAAUGGGUGGUCCACGUGAAGCUGUUUGGCAUGCUAUUAUUAGGAAGAACCAUGGAUGUACACACUUUAUUGUUGGAAGAGAUCAUGCUGGACCAGGAAAGAACUCUCAAGGAGUAGACUUUUAUGGACCUUAUGAUGCCCAAGAAAUGGUUGAGAAAUAUAAGAAUGAAUUGGAUAUUGAAGUAGUGCCAUUCCAAAUGGUGGCCUAUCUUCCUGAAACUGAUGAAUAUGUGCCAGAAGAUGAGGUGCCUAAAGGUACAAAGACUCUCAACAUUUCUGGAACAGAGUUACGUCGUCGUUUACGGGCAGGAGCACCAAUCCCAGACUGGUUCACAUACCCCGAAGUCCAACUCAUCCUCCGCUCAACCGCUCCACCACGCUCAAAACAAGGCUUUGUCAUCUUCUUUACCGGAUUCUGGAACUCUGGUGCCAGUGCCAUAGCACAAGCACUUCAAGUAUCCCUCAACCAAUCUGGACAACGCCCUACAACUCUACUCCUCGGCGAAACAGUACGAGCCGAACUAUCGUCAGAACUCGGAUUUUCAAAAUCGGAACGUGAUAUAAAUGUAUCGAGGAUUGCAUUUGUGGCUGGUGAGGUUGCUAAAGCUGGUGGUGCUGUUGUGGCUGCUCCUAUAGCACCGUAUGAGGCUGCGAGGUUGAAGGCUAAGAAGACGGUCGAGGAGAAUGGAAGUGGGUUCUUUUUGGUGCAUGUUGCCACGCCGCUGGAGAUUUGUGAGGCGAGGGAUAGGAAGGGGGUGUAUGCGAGAGCUAGGGCUGGUGAAAUCAAAGGCUUCACAGGCAUCGAUGACCCAUAUGAAGCUCCUUCCAAGCCAGACUUGAAAGUCGACGCAUCAAAACAAUCAGUAUCACAAAUCGUGCAUGAAGUCAUCCUCUUGCUAGAAAAGGAAGGUUAUAUCGGUGAACGUUAA